AAAUUACUACCGGCGGUCGCGUGGUGUACACGCUAGUUCAGGUAUAUGAAUUUUUUUUUACUUGUAAUUGAGAUAUAGUAACAGUUAAAUAAAAAGAGCAUGGCUUUGCCAACUUGGGCGAAGAUAGGAAUUGGAUGGUCUAUAAUCACUGUCAUAGGAACUUACGCAUUUGUGCUAUCUAAACGAAGUGUCAAUGCCAGAAGAUAUGAAAUUAUGAAAGCUAGACAACGUUUGCGCGAGUCCAAUGUUGUAGAUUAAUUUAUGAUUAAGAAAUAAGGAAUUUAAAGAAGAUUAUUAGAGUGCAAAACUUGAAGGAUGGCAGCGUUACCACAAUUGGACGAAGAUAAACUUAAAUUGGUACAGGAAUUAGAAAUAGAAAUGAUGUCGGAUAUGUAUAAUCGUAUGACAUCCGCAUGUCACAGAAAGUGUAUAGCACCAAAGUAUACCGAGGCUGAAUUAGGUAAAGGAGAAUCGAUAUGUCUGGACCGUUGUAUCGCUAAAUAUUUAGAUGUUCAUGAACGUAUCGGUAAAAAACUUACACAAAUUUCGAUGCAAGAAGCAAAAGUUGCAGAGCAAUCAAAGACAAGUUAAGUUAUUAAUUAAAUUUGAUGAGAUUUUUAUGUAAUCUCUUAUAAGUUGCCUUUAAUUAUUCUAAUUUUAAAGGCUCCAUGUAAUUUAGAAGAACAGAUAAAAUACAGUCAUUCUGUAUUUAAUUUAGUUUAUGAAUAAAACUACUUUAUGAAA